CUGGGGAUUUGCAAGAACAUACAGCAGGUCAGCUGAGGCUUGUCUGUCGGGAGCAGGAAGAUGACGGAGCGCGAAGGCGGCGUGCCGGCGGCGGGGGAGAGGCGGUACAAAGGGGUGCGGCUGCGGAAAUGGGGGCGGUGGGUGUCGGAGAUCCGGCUGCCCAACAGCCGCAAGCGGAUAUGGCUCGGGUCAUACGACUCACCCGAGAAGGCGGCCCGGGCCUUCGACGCCGCCGCCGCGUGCCUCCGCGGCCGCCUCGCGCGGCUCAACUUCCCCGAGACGCCCCCGCCCCGGACGGCCCAGCGGCUCACACACCUGCAGAUCCAGGCCGCCGCCGCCCGCCACGCGGCCUCCGCGUCCACGCCGCCGCAGCUGUGGCAUCCCCGCGCUGCGAGCUCCCCGUCGGAGGAUGCCUCGGACGGGUUCACGGCCGGGAGCGAGGACACGCUCGACUGGUCGUUCAUGGACUCGCAGGAGGCGGCAGCGGCGCUGGCGGGAGCCGGAGAGUUCCCGGACUUGAUGGACGACUUCAUGUGUGACUUCUUCUCGCCGGUGCAGAUGACGGCGCCACUGGCGGAAGUGGUGGAGGAUCAGUGCCCCAUAGAUUUGGGUUCGAAUUCUUUUCUGUGGAGCUUCUGAAAGAAUAUAAACAGCGACACAAAGAAUCAACAACGGUUCAUUAGAUAACUGUAUGUCUCACGGUUUGGUCACAGAAAGAGAAGGAUGAGCUCGAAGAGUUGUUCUUCUUCUUCUUCUCCGCUGGCGAUGUUUCUGACGUCUGCUUGGAGAUUUUAACUCCGCCAUUUAAUCUCUUCCUCAAUAAUAAAUUCUCACUAUAUUCUUUCAAACAAGAUGUACGUGAAAACAAGAUAAAGAUGCACAAGGAAGACCAUAUAUAGCACAAGAAGAACGAUGGCCUGUGAGAGGCUUGUCUGCCGGCAUGGUGUCGGUGCUGGUCGAGACAUUUCUCCACGCGUGAUAUGAUGGGAGGUCCGUGGCAAGUGGUCUUGGGAAAGUAUGCAUAUUAUAUACGUUGCAGGUGGAGGCAAGUGUGCACAUGUUUGACGUGAGGAUUUCAUGCAGCCAUGGAAAGCAAGUACCCGUGAGCUCUGAGCUCAUCCGUGACUUCAGCACCAACUUCCUUUGGUGGUGAAGGAAGAAUC